CGUAAUCAGUGCAAUACAAUUCUAGCUGCCAUAUGAAACAAAACUGAUGCAAAAAAGAAGGCCUUGGUUGCGGACCUACAACGUGAUCGCGCGUGUACUAAGUUAGCAAAUUCACAAUUUAUUUUUGGACUUCAAGUUCAAUCCAGCCAGCGUCUGUGUAUUUUGAGUUGUUAAAAUUGGCAAAGCAAUCAUUGUUUAUAAAAAUUCUAAGAUUAAGACAUAGAUAGACAAGGAGGGUCAAGGCGGUCAAGCUGUUCCGCUCUGCUGGUGUGACCAGCCGCUAGGCUAGCGUCUGUGGGUGCGCGUCCCUGGCGGCCGCGGCCGGACGACGUGCCGCAGCCGCCGGCCUCACAAUGAGCUCCGUCAGUGAGCGACGGCUGCGGCCCAUCUAUGACUCGUUGGACUGCGGGAACAGCAAAAAGGCGCUCCAGGAAGCGGACAGGCUCCUAAAGAAGCAACCGAACUUCGCCUGCGCCAAGGUGCUGCGUGCGCUGGCGCUGCUGCGUCUGGAGCGGCACGAUGAGAGCCGUAAGAUCGUCGAGGCCGUGGUCGCCGAGCUGCCCACGGACGAGAACAGUCUUCAGGCGCUCACCAUCUGCUACAAGGAGCUCCAUGAACCUGAGAAGAUCUGUGAGCUGUACGAGGCCGUCGUUAAGAAGGAGCCGACCAACGAGGAAUUCCUCUCACACCUCUUCAUGGCCUACGUGCGGGUGCUCAACUACAAGAAGCAGCAGCAGACUGCCAUGGCACUCUACAAGGCCUACCCCAAGAACCCCUAUUACUUCUGGGCAGUCAUGUCUGUCCUAAUGCAGGGGAUGGAUGCCGACGAGACUUCGCUAAUGUCACGCUCUGUGGCACUUCAGCUGGCCGAGCGGCUGCUGCUCAAAAUGGUAUCCCAGAACAAACUGGAGGUCGAGGCCGAGGUACAGCUCUACCUCAUUGUCCUCGAGAAACAGGAAAACUACGAGGGAGCUCUGAAUCUGUUGAACGGCAAGCUGGCCAACCUGCUGCGCGCACCCAACCUCAUCAAGGAGAAGCGUGCGAUGUACCUGCAGAAACUCGGUCGGUGGAAGGAGUUGACACUCUUCACUCAGGAGCUCAUCAGACAAGACCCGUCACAGUGGAGCUACUACGAGACACACCUGGAGGCCAUGUUCGCCGAGAUCGGGUGUCCAGCCCCGGUGGACAACGGUGACGGUGCCAUCCCUGUGUCCAACGAGAACCACACAUCUACCAACAACGAACCGGUCAACUCCAACCACACCGACAAACCAGACGAACCACCGGCGGACGGUCAGGUCGAGAACUCUGAACAGAAGGCUGCUGAGGGUCUCACGGCGCCCGCGGAGGGUGGUGCGGACGGCGCGGAUGCUGUGGGACCGGCGGCCACGGCACGGUUCCUGCUCCAGCUGAGGGUGGCUGUGGAUGGCCGCGAGCGUGCGCCGCUUCUGGCGCAGCUGCGGUUGGCCCUGGCGCUGCGGCAGAGACGACUGCCGCAGCCGCUGCCUAUUGACGACCUGGAGGAGGUGGUUCGGUUCAUCCGCUGCUACGGUGACCGGCCGUGCUGUUUCUCGGACGUGGAGCCGGUGCUAGCCCUCGUCAGCGGGGACCAGGUGUCCACCCUGCUCGAGCUCAGUCACGAUACCGUGGAGCUCAACGACCGGGGCGUGCCGUUCUCGCCGGCGGCCAUGCAGCGUCACCUGACGUGGCUGCAGCUGUGCCAGCACUACAGUGACAGCGGCCGGCUCGGUCAGACCCGGCUGGAGAGGGCCGCUGAGCUGCGGCGCUUCCACCUGGCCACGGCGCACUUCAGCGAGGGGCUGCUCGACACUGAACUAAGGCCGAACGACCACUACCUGACGCUGGCCGUGUACUGCCUGUACGACGAGUGGCGGGCCACGCGGCAGACGAACCACCUCCUGGACGCGCUGGCGCUGCUGCAGUGCGGCAUGGACAGCUCGCCGUCCAACUUCUACUUCAAGCUGGCGGCCAUCCACAUCUACCACCUGCUCGGCGCCGCCGGAGCCGCCUACACGGUGUACAACACGCUGGACCUGAAGUCGAUCCAGCUGGACACACUCAGUUACGUCAGCAGUCGACACGUGGCCGCACAGGGACAGCUGGCCGCCGCCCAGCUCGUCUUCAACACCGUCCUCAAGUUCUUCAACAACGUCAAGGAUACCACCGACUGUCUGAUAGCGGCCUACAAGGUGGGCUCGUUCCAGCAGAUCCCCGAGUUUAUCGAGCUCAAACGGCGGCUGGCGCACUCGGCCAACUACCUGCUGACGCUCACUGACUGUAUUCUGCUCGACCUGACCUCCGUGGCAUCUCAGCACGCGCAGACGCUGGAGCUGCUGCGGUACAGCUCGCUGUGCGCGGCCGCCCUCAGCCCCGUCCAGUGGGACCAGCUGCGCGACAACCGAGACGUGGCCGUGCUGCCGGCCUUCUCUGACACCGAGCGGCGGCAGCGGGACGCGGCCACCGCGCUCAGCUGGAGCCAGGACCUGCACCUGCUGCGGGCGCGCCAGCUCACGCUGCGCGCGCUGGUGACCGUGCUGCGCCUGGCGCCGCCGCAGAACGGUGACAUGGAACAGGUGCGCCAGCUGGCCGCCCAGCUGGCCGAGGCGGCGCGGCCGGCCGACCCGGCGCUGCUCGAGGACGGCACGCUGCAGCUGAGCGGACCGCUGCCGUCCCGCCUGCCGCGGCUGCUGCGCCGGCCGCACCUGCCGCUGCUCAGCAGACUCCUGGAGACGGCCGCCGACCUGGUGGCCGGUCAGACGCCCACCCAGGCCGUCAACGAGCUGCUGACGCUGUGUGAGCGGCUGGCAGAGCGGCCGCCGGCCGACGCCGGACCGGCUGAGCUGUUCGAGGAGGCGGCGCUGCUGACGGAGACGGUGGGCGUGGCGGCGGCCGUGUGGGGCGCGCUCCACUCGUGGACGGCGCCCACCCGACCCACCGGAAAACGAGGCAAAAAGAAGAAAGGAGCCGCGCCGGCCGUGACCGAGUCUGAGUGCCUCCAUAACCGGGUGGUGAACGCCCUGGUGGCGCUGGCCCAGUCCACCAGCCGCCUGGUCGAGGAGACGGGAGCCUCUCUGACGGAACAGAGCGCCGCCCAGCAACUGGGACACCUCUCCCUGGGCGCGACGGCACAGGAGGGCACUCUGCGGGACGCCGCCGACGCCGUGCGCCGUCAGCUGGAGAACAGUUACCGCUCCUCGCAGCGCGAGCUCGCCAAGGUGCUACAGUAUAAGGUGGAGUACCUGACCGCCUGUCUGUUGUGAUACAGAGACGUCCGCCCCCGCCCCCGCCCCGGGCCGGUCGGACGGGCGCACCGCUCUCCGGCCGGCCGCAAAGUACUGUGUGCGUUUUCAGCGUAAUAACUUUUCUAGGCGUUGCGUGCUGCUAACGGCCGGUGACAAUACGUGCGGUGUCGCGCUGGUGAGUUGUCUCACCCAGUGGAUACCGCGGCGCGCCGGCGGACCCACGGCCGCAUACCGCGGCUCGUGCCGUCCGGUGACACGCUAUUAUCAGGAAUACUGAAUACAUACCGCUCCUACGGAGACCGGGCCGUGUUCGUCGCGCGGUGAUGACCAGUGGGUCGUAGCAUGCUUGGGUCCGGUGCAGUGCAGUGUCAGGUAGAAGCGAUUGAAUACACGUGAAACUUGCGGGAGUGAUGGACAAAUUAGUAGCUGCCGUUGGGAUCGCGUAGACGCGAACUGGGCAGUGGGUAGCUCUCUCUUAGUGCGGGGAGUGCUCGUUAUUGAGUCAGGAAUACACGUUUUGACUCAUUUGAA